UUUGCGAGCAAGGAACGCGCUGGGCAUUCUGGGUAGGGCACUUUCACGCCAGCCAUAUUGCUCUGACUGAAGGAGAGAGGGGAGAUGAAGGGGAUUCGGGGAAUUAGUCAGUUAUCGAGACGGUUCCAUGUGGCUGCCAGAACAGGCCAGUCCCUUGCCCAGCCCCUUGCUGGCCUCAAGCUCUCUCCAGGGGCUGCCCACUCCUUAAAGGAUAUCCAUGUGACCAGACUGCCCAGUGGACUGGUGAUUGCCUCCUUGGAGAACUAUUCCCCAGCCUCCAAGAUCGGAGUGUUUGUCAAGGCCGGCUGUCGCUAUGAGACCCCUGACAACCAGGGGGUCACCCACCUCCUCCGGCUGGCCUCCAACCUGACAACCAAAGGAGCUUCCUCUUUCAAGAUAUGCCAUGGUGUUGAGGCAGUGGGAGGCAGCCUGAGUGUGACUUCAUCCAGAGAGAACAUGAUCUACACCGUUGACUGCUUGAGAGAUGACGUUGACACGGUGAUGGAGUAUUUGAUCAACGUGACAACAGCCCCAGAGUUCCGGCCAUGGGAGGUGUCAGACCUCACGCCCAGAGUGAAGAUGGACAAGGCCCAGGCUGCACAGAGUGCUCAAAUAGGUGUGAUCGAAGGUCUGCAUGAAGCUGCCUACAAGAAUGCUCUCUGUAACUCCCUGUACUGUCCUACCCACAUGGUUGGCAACAUCCAGUCUGGGCAUCUGCACCAGUUUGUCCAGAACAAUUUCACAAGCGCAAGAAUGGCUCUUGUUGGACUUGGUGUGGACCACACGGUGCUAAAGCAAGUUGGCGAGCAAUUCCUCAACAUCCGCAGUGGGACGGGCACCACAGGGGCCAAGGCUCAGUAUCGUGGAGGUGAGAUCCGUCUGCCCAGCCUCAGCAGUCUGGUCCACUCGGCGGUGGUGAGCGAGUCAGCUGCAGCGAGCACCAGCGAGGCUCUGGCCUUCAGUGUGCUGCAGCAUUUGCUGGGAGCUGGUCUGCACGUCAAGAGGGGCUCAUGCGCCUCCAGCAAACUGGUCCAGGGCGUUGCCAAGGCAACUGCUGACCCCUUUGAUGUCAGUGCUUUCAACUCGAGCUACUCUGACUCUGGUCUGUUUGGGAUCUACACCAUUUCCCAGCCUGCAGUUGCGGGUGAUGUGAUUAGGGCCGCUCUUGCCGAGGUGAAGGCUGUCGCUGAUGGUGGAGUCACAGCUGCUGACCUCACUCGGGCCAAGGCCCAGCUGAAGGGGCAGUUCCUGAUGUCUCUGGAGACUUCAGAGGGUUUGCUGGAGGCCAUGGGCACUCAGGCUCUGGUCGAGGGAUCCUACUGCUCCGCUGAGGAAGUCUCCAAAAACAUUGACAAUGUCUCCUUGACUGAUGUCGCCAAUGCUGCCAAGAAAUUUGUGACUGGCAAGAAGACUAUGGCAUCCAGCGGAAACCUGAUCAAAACACCCUUUGUGGAUGAGAUCUAAAGUCUUCCUCAUCACCUCGUACUGUACCUAACCCUAAAAGGCAAAGCAGAAUUUGUUUCAUCUACAUUGACCAAAAAAAAAAAACACAGCAGAGGUCAUCAAUGCUGUUGUUCUGAGGGAUAUAACACCACUGGCUAUUUAUAGGUGUUGUAACAGUAUAUUUUUAGGCGAUGCUGCUCUGGCGCAUCACAAUGUCAUGCUCCACUCAUCUGUCCACGUGAACUGUAUAGCUGAUGUAAAAUAAUGAAUAAAUUCUAUCUACCUUA